UAACUUGGCGACAACAACAACGACCCAAUACGGAGUUUUCUCUCCGAGUGAGAACCCUUCUGCGCCGCAAAGUGGGGCCUCGUAAGGUUACGAAUAUGAGUAAUAACAUUAUUAUUCUUAUCCCCUGUUGUGCAUGUGCCUGUCGGCUCAUCAGCGUUAAUGCAAAAGAUCUUGUGGUGGCAACACACGCUUUUCUCUCACGCUGCAGUUGCAUCUCAUGUAUCGUAGUAUGGUGCGAUACCGGCAAGUUCAGGGAACACACAUGUCGACGCAAUCAAGGAUGCGCUGUAAUUCUUCUAGUCUUGGGCAGCAAACAAGCCAGAGUGCUUGCGUGGGGGCAGAAGAUAUCAAGCACGCUAGCUGGGGUGGGAGAAUAAUACCAUAUCCGCCGUCGAGGGUUCUACUGGUAUCAGUUUGGAGGAUUUUCUGGUAUGAGACAGUAACGGAGUCGUGGCUUCGUACUCGUAGAUGCUCUGGGUGGUCGUUCUCUUGUCUCUUUGCCAAGUAGAAGUGAUAGAAGAGGUUAGUG